AUGGCGGAUAUUAAUUUACUAACAGACACAAACACAAGUACGUUUGGGCUUUCCAAGGACUUAAUUGCGCCUGUGGCAAUUAAGAUUGGAUAUCUUCAGUCGAACCUUGGGAGCUCCACAAACCAUCUCCAUCCAUCUUCUGAGAAAUAUUCUAACCCAGAAAUAUUUAAAAAGGUAAGUGGCAUAGUGUCGAAUUCAGAAUUAUUUGUAACAAUACAGCUUUUCGACGGGCCGAGCCAAAAUCCAAUUACGGUCCCCAUACAAACUCCGUACAAGACAUUCUCCAAUAACAAGAGAGUAUGGGACCAAUAUCUCCAAUUACCGAUAAACUAUAAUCAAAUCUCUUAUAAAUCGUAUAUUAGGAUAAAAAUUUGGGAAAUAGUCGAUACAAAGGCAGUUCCGUUUGGAAUUGGAUGUGUUUCAUUGUUCAAUAAAGAUAACUCGAGCCUUAGAAAUGGAUCUCAAAAGGUGAGAAUAUUUGACUACGAUGGCACCAGUAACGGCAUUCCCGUGGAAUACAGAUCUUCUUCUGAUCUUACGUUUAUGGAAAAGAAGCUUAUAAGUUACGAAAAUGGAGAUUUCGAGAAGAAUAGCUGGCUAGACAAAAUGGUACUACCAAAGGUGGAAGAAACCAGGAGCAAGGAUCGUAAGAAGAGUCAAAUUUAUGACGAAAAGGAGAUCUGUCCCUACUAUCUCUACAUUGAAUUUCCAAACUUUGAUAUGCCGGUUGUAUUUUCUGAUGUUACUUACAAGACUACGCCCUUCUUGUUGGGCCUUCAAGCUGAAUCGUUCAUCAACAAUCAGGAUAAACAGAUUUUGGCAAACGAUAUCAAUAAUCCCAAUGUUUUGAUAAAUGCUGUGGAGAUACCGUUAUCUUCUAAACAUUCAAUUGCCAAUGUUAAAGUGUAUGACCCAGAUUUCCAGUUUGCAUACCCGCAAGUACAACAACAGCAGCUGCAACAGCAGCCUCUGCAACAGCAACAGCAGCAACAGCAAACGUUGGAUCCAAUCGAAUUGAAAUAUCACAAACUUGAAAGACAUGUCAAUAACAAUCCACUUUUGGAUAAAGAAUUGAAGCCAUCUCCACAGGUGAGAGAUGAAUUGAUGAGAAUUUUACAAAAACCUUCAAACAUUGAGUUAACAGAUAUAGAAAAGAAUUUGAUAUGGAGAUUUCGUUACUACUUCUCCAAGAAUAAUCUAUCUGCGAACGACAAUGAGCAGCCGAAUGAAAAUAGAAUCGCUGUUGUGGUUGGCUCUACUAAAAAUACCAAAUUCUUUUUCACCAAGUUUUUGAAGUCAAUAAACUGGGACAACGAUUAUGAGUUAAACCUCGUUUUCAAUGAAAUAAUUCCCACUUAUUGGACAGUAGACAAGAUUCAAAUUGGUGAUGCGUUGGAAUUGUUAGGGAACUAUUUUAAUCCUUAUACACUUACUUCCGAUACUGGAAAUACCGGAGCAGCACCUUCUACUAAUUCUAACCCGUUGAGCAAAGAUUUAGGAGGAGAAGAAUCCAGAUUACAGAAAAUAUUUGGCUACGUGUCAUUCUUAAAGAAGUUUGCUGUGGAUCGUUUGAAGUUGGCACCGGCUGAUGAAUUGCUAUUAUAUUUACUUCAAUUGGUUCAAGCUUUAAAAUAUGAGUCGUUGGUGUUUGAUUCUAUGGAAGCAUCGUCAUUAUCGAAGCAUUCUUCUGUAACUGAAUUAAAGUCUCCGCUUGCAACUUUUUUAAUCAGCAAAUCUAUUGAGAAUGAAACUCUUGGAAAUUUCUUCUAUUGGUAUGUUAAGGUUGAAAAUGAAGAUCAGCUUAAUAAGACCGGCAUUCAGACAAAUAACAAUAAAUUGGCAAUUUAUUCCCAAGUAUUAAACAAGUAUAUAGAGGAGUUGAAAGCACGUUCGGAGGCUCGUAAAUUACCAAACUACAAGCAUUUGAAGAGACAAAUUUGGUUUAUCAAGAAAUUGACGAAUUUAGUCGAAUUAUUAAGAAACACCUUUAAAAAGAAUGAAGCUACCAGCAAGAAAGUGCAAUUUCUUAGAGACUACCUAGCAGAUUCGUCGAAUGAAUUGCUUAAAUUUCAGGACCCAUUCCCAUUGCCUCUCGAUCCAAGUGUCAUAAUAUGUGGAUGUUACCCAGAGGAGUCUUCAGUUUUUAAGAGUUCAUUGGCACCUCUUAAGAUUACUUUUAAAACUGUGGUCAAUUUCCAUGAAUCAGACUACAAGAAAAAGAACUUUAGGUACGGUAAAUAUCCAUUAAUGUUUAAAAUUGGUGAUGAUUUGAGGCAAGAUCAGUUAGUCAUUCAAAUUAUCAACUUAAUGGACCAAUUGCUUAAGAAUGAGAAUCUUGAUUUAAGAUUGACCCCUUAUAAGAUAUUGGCAACAAGCCCUAUAGCUGGAUUUAUCCAAUUUGUGCCCAAUGAGACUUUAGAUAGUGUUUUGGCAAACUAUGGUGCUCUCAAUCCACUAGAUAAUAGUAAUAACAAUAACCAUAGCAAUAAUGCAAAUAAUGAAACUAUUAAUAACCACAGCAAUAAUAAUGAGGUGGUUUCCACUGCCAAUCAAGCUACAGUUGCUAACGCGACAUCUGAAACCCAAGUUCCAUCGAAUGGUAUUUUAAAUUAUCUAAGACUUCACAAUGACCAAGUCGAUUUCACUGAUGAUUUUGUCUCAACAGUCUCAGAUGUGGAUGCAUCAGCCACUACAAACCCCCCUCAAAGACUUCAGAAGCAUGCAAUUAGCUCAGACCUUGGUGUAAGUACAUAUAUCAUGGAUAAUUAUGUUAAAUCUUGCGCUGGUUACUGUGUCAUUACAUAUUUAUUGGGUGUUGGUGAUCGUCAUCUUGAUAAUUUAUUGCUUUCGCCAAACGGGAAGUUUUGGCAUGCAGACUUCGGUUAUAUAUUGGGUAGAGAUCCCAAACCAUUCCCACCACUUAUGAAGCUACCAAUCCAAGUGAUUGUUGGCAUGGGGGGCUUAAACCAUGAGAAUUUCAAUAUUUUUAGAAAUUAUUGUUUUAUUACUUAUACUACUUUGAGGAAGAAUAGUAACUUGAUAUUGAAUUUAUUCUUGUUGAUGCUUGAUGCUAACAUUCCUGAUAUUCAAAUUGAUCCUCAAAGGGCGAUUGAAAAGGUACAAGAAAAGUUUUGCUUAGAAAUGAGUGAAGAAGAGGCAAUCUUACACUUUCAGAACUUGAUCAAUGAUAGUGUCAACGCAUUUUUGCCAGUAGUUAUAGAUAGAUUACAUAGUUUAGCACAGUAUUGGAGAGCUUAA